AAUAGCGUAGCGGGCGGUGCUCUCUGAAACUGAAUCAAACAAACAAUGGCGCACUUCGCACUGUGACAAAUGGUUUGAACUUCCAAAUUUCAUUUUGUCGAUUACCGAAGCAAGCACGAUCCGACANCCGCCCCCCCCCCUUCUCUCUCCUCCUGCUAUAUGAUUCAAAGCCCAACAGCUUUGGCUCAAUGUCCAUGGAUUUGUUCUCUGUUAACACGAGCUGACGUUGUUUGCGUCGUUUGAGAACAAAUUCCAUGGCCAAAUUGCUGUUGCAAGCUCCAGUUUGAAUCUGAAAGAAAUCCCAGUUUCAGACGGUUUUAGGGUUUUUUUCUUUUUCUUUUCCUCUUCUUAUUCUUCAAGGAGAAUUCUAUCGUUCCUAAUAAUGCCGGUGCACGGAUCCAAAUCUGAGAAACAAGAUGCGGCGGUGUUGCACCGUCGAGAUGCGUAUGAUUUACUCGGUGUCUCCAGGAACUCCACGGACCAGGAAAUCAAGAGCGCUUACAGAAAAUUGGCUCUCAAGUAUCAUCCUGACAAGAAUGCAAACGAUCCCAAAGCUGCUGACAUGUUUAAGGAAGUCACUCUUUCCUACACCAUUUUGUCAGAUCCAGAAAAAAGACGACAAUAUGAUGCUGCUGGAUUUGAGGCUGUUGAAACAGAAAGCCAAGAAUUGGAGCUGGAUCUUUCAAGUUUGGGGACAGUGAACACCAUGUUUGCUGCCCUUUNCAGCAAGCUUGGCGUGCCAAUUAAAACAGCUGUAUCUGCAACAGUUUUGGAAGAGGCACUUAAUGGGGUUGUGACUGUUCAUCCACUUCCAUUGGGCAUACCUAUUUCUAAGAAGGUUGAGAAACAGUGUGCUCACUUUUAUUCUGUUAUGAUAAGUGAAGAGGAAACACAGGGUGGAUUUGUUUGCCGAGUUCACUCACCUGAUAAAAGCAAAUUUAAGUUGUUGUAUUUUGAUCGGGAAGAAACUGGUGGAUUAAACCUUGCUUUACAGGAGGAGAGUACAAAGGUUGGAAAAGUCACAUCUGCUGGGAUGUAUUUUCUCGGGUUCCCUGUCUAUCGGUUGGAACAAACAUUGAACUUGAUGAUCUCUGCUAAGGAUCCAGAUGCUGCCUUUUUUAAAAAAUUAGAUGGUUUCCAGCCAUGUGAAAUAAUAGGAUUAAAGGCGGGGACUCAUGUCUUUGCAGUCUAUGGUGACAAUUUUUUUAAAAGUGCGAGCUAUACUAUUGAGGCAUUUUCUGCGGCGUCUUUUUCUGAAGAGAAGGAGAAUCUUAGAGCCGUGGAAGCUCAAAUUUUGACAAAAAGGGUGGAAAUGUCCAAAUUUGAAACGGAAUAUCGUGAGGUUCUAGCACAAUUUACAGAGAUGACUAGCAGAUACACUCAAGAAAUGCAAGUGAUCGACGACCUUCUCAAACAGAGGAAUGAAAUUCAUGCCUCCUACACAACUGGUCCUCCAGUAAAACGGAGUAGGAGCCGGAUUAAGGGUUCGUUUAAGGAUUCAAAAGAAGACAGCCAAAUAAGGGAGAGGAAAUCUACAAGGGAUAGACCCAAGAAGAAAAAAUGGUUCAAUAUCCAUUUAAAGGUUGAUAAAAGAAAAUCUUGUUAAAAGAGGUUGAGAAACAUGAAGGUAUGUUCCGAUCCAGCAUUCACCGUUGUCGUGUAUUAUGCCUUCAUCGACACUAUACUCAUCUUCAAUAUUGCAGGGAAGCUGAAUCUUUCCCCAAACCUAUUUUUUUUUUCGGUUGCAUUCGGAUUGAUUGGUAUCAAAACGAAGAAGAUACGAGGGAGUAAUAGCCUCACCUGAUUGCUUAAUCAUAUGAAUAUGGCCUUAAACCACAUGGGGAUGCUGUGGAUGACAACUUGUCUACAAAGAAUCUCUUAUUAGAUGGAUCCUUCCACCAGCAAAAAGCACCCAUGUGAUUGUAUUAUUUUCCUACGAAGGCCAGCGCUAAACUGCUGUUUGUAUCAUAUAAUACAAUCAAGUUUUGUGAAUAGCAAUAUUAGCUGGAUUUCGCACAAUCGAGGUUUAGUUAUUAUAUUCAUGGAGUUCAUCAAUCUGCUCUUGUAAGUGUUGAUGUUUCUAUUUACUGUGGCCAGGCUUGCGAUUCUGCUAUUUCGUCUCCGACUCCAUCGCUGAUGCCUGCCUGUAGCUGACAUGCAUGACGUUACGAGUCCAUCCGUGGCAAUGUCAACCCAAAUGCCAAGUUUAAUUUGGUAUGUAGAGGCUUGGUGUUAAGGAGGUAAUAAGGUGCGGUGAAUUAAUCAAACAUUCUCUUUAAUUCUCUUGCAUUUGGGUUUUCAUUCUUGAAAGAGUCCAUUUUUGUUGGUAGAAAAUAAGUAUACGGAGAUGAUAUUUUCUGUUUAUGAAGAAAGUAUUCCAAAAAAGUUUGAGAAUUGAGUGAUUAAGUAAAGAAAUAGUUCAUUC